CUGAUGUUGCUUCCAGAGGCAGUUUGCAACUGUAGUGAGUGCUGCAGCGGAGGAUAGGCAAUCUUUAUGUUCUACAUGCUGUGAAACCACACUGUAUGACUCUGUUUACAUCUCAAACACUAAAUUAUGCAGAAAUUUAGAAAGAUUGUUGGAGUUCCCCUUUGAAAUGCAUCAUUUUGUGUGGCCUACAAGUAUAAAUGCAUUUGCUAGGUUGGUGGGAUUCUCAGUAGGCCAAAUAUUAACCUCACUCAUUGGUUUGCUGCGAGGUUAAUCAUUGACCUGAACUUUGGUCACGUUUAGAAACUUCUUUAGCUGAUGGGUCGUGUGGAUUUAGAAUUUCUCUGAGAGAGAAGAAACCGUGCAGAUGGAGAGAACCGCUGCUGUCGCUGUCGCUCUGGUGAUGCUGUUGCAGAGCAGCCUGCAGGUUGCAGUGAAGUCUCAGGACUGCUCUGAUGAACUGAAGCAGCUCAAAGAUCUGGUCUAUCAACCCUUGACUGCUUUGGCAGAGCUGAAGGUGAAGGUGAGCUACAUGGAGAAAGAGAACACAGCUCUGGAGGCCAGACUCGCAAGCCAUGAGAAGGAGAUGGAGAACUUGAAGAAAGAGAAUGAAGCCAUGAAGAGGGAUCUGGAAAAGCUGAGGAUUGAGAUUUCAGGAAUGCCAAAGGUGGCGUUCUCCGCUGGUUUACCUGCUGGACAGAUGGGCCCAGUCAACACGGAGUCCACUCUGAUCUACAGCAAAGUCUUGACGAAUAUUGGAGGUGCUUAUAACCCAUACACAGGCGCCUUCACCGCUCCAGUCAGAGGGGUCUACUACAUCAGAUUCACUGCAGCCGCGUACAACAGCGACAGCAACAAUAUGGGACUGAAUCUGUACAAAAACGAUCGACACCUGAUGCAUCUGGGCGAAUACAACAGCGACGGCAAAGCGAGGCACGUUUCAGGUGCUCUGACUCUGGAGCUGGAGGCCGGAGAUGUGCUUUACGCUCGUCUCCCGGAAAACUACAUGCUUUAUGACGAUUCCCUCUUCCGCAAUAGUUUUAGUGGCUUCCUCAUCUUUCCCAGAUCCCAGGCCUAAAUUACAGCUACCCUUCUACCCUUCUACCCAUCUACCCUGGCAAACAGGACAUUUGCUCUGGAAAUUAAACAAUGAACACACAGUGGGGUCAUCAAGAAGUACUGUACUGUAGGUGUGUGUGUGUGUGUGUGUGUGUGUGUGUG